UCAUACGUUUCUGCAAACCAUGAAUACAUUACAAUUGAACUUGUAUUAUGUAGUGGACAUGUUGAAACUUUGCAUUUCAGCAAUGCUGUGGUUAACUUGUGGUUCGGAAAAAGAGAAACUCAUUUGAAAACGUUUUGGCUGAAAUGUCCCAACCCUCACCUAUGGUCAUGAACUCUGGGUAGUGAACGCAAGAAAGAGAUCACAGAUACAAGCGGCUGAAAUAAGUUUCCUCCGUGGGGUGGCUGGGCUCCGCCUUAGAGAUAGGGUGAGGAGCUCAGACAUCUGGCGGGAGCUCGGAGUAGAGCCGCUGCUCCUUCGCGUCAAUUGGGGUCAGUUGAGGUAGUUUGGGCAUCUGAUCAGGAUCCUCCUGGGCGCCUCCUGUUAGAGGUGUUCCAGGCACGACCCACUGGUAGGAGGCCCCGGGGCAGACCCAGGACAUGGUGGAGGGAUUAUAUAUCUCAUCUGGCCUGGGAACACCUUGGGGCUGGAAAGUGUUGAUGGGGAGAGGGACAUCUGGGGUGCUUUGCUCACCCUGCUGCCCCCAUGACCCGGCCCCGGAUAAGAGGAUGAAAAUGGACGGAUGAAUAUUUUGACUUAAAAUUCCCUGUUUUUUGGUGGCACAGUCCUCGCUAGGAACACAGCAAUGUCUCAAUUAAAAAAAGUACCGCAUUUCGUGGCACUCUCCCUGGUGGGAACACAGCGAUGUGUCCCUAAAAACACAACACUCGCUAAAAAACAGAUUUUACUGUUUGUUGGUCUCAAACAGUGGUCUGCAGCUUGGCAGGUGUGUGACCUACAUGUCGCGCUAAUUGGCAUGAAUUUAAACUUGGUUUAUUGUGGAACCAGUAACUGUUUCGUCCUUAUCAUGAUUAGUCUGAUAAUAGGUAUUCACCAUUGUUUUAUCACAAUCAAUGAUAACAAAAAAAAAAAACCACACAUCCCUCUUCUAACAUGGGAUUUGAUUGGUGUGCUGCCAUUAAAUAGACUUAACUUCUCUUUAAACUGUCAGCAAGAGUGUAAGUUGCAUUUCCCAAAAAGGUCUUGCUAGUUGUUUUAGCAGCGCCAUAAAAAAUGUAUAGCGAUCACCAAAAAGGCUGCAACUAACGAUUACUUUAUUAUCAACUAAUCUACUCAUUAUUUUCAGGAUUGAUUGUUUCAUCAAUAAAAUGUAAAAUAAAAAAAUCCCCAGAACUCAAAGUGAGAUUCUCACUUUGCUCCUCAUGUCUGACCAGUGGUCUAGAACCCAAAAGACUCUUAAUUUCCUCUCACAAACGACCAAGAAAGCAGCAAAUUCGCACAUUUACGGAGCUGUAGCCAGCAAAUGUUUGACUUUUUUGCUUGAAAAGUGACUGAAACGAUUCAUUGCUUAUCAAAAUAGUCGAUGAUUAAUUUUCUUUCAAUGGACUAAUCAACGAAUCAUCCUUCUGUUGCCUCUAUAACGACGAACCAAGCACACUCCUAUGUGUUUUCUCUUACCUGGGAGCUCACUGCGAUCUCCAUAAGAGCGGACCUUCAGGGAAAGAGCCGGCAUCCUCGUGAGCGAUGGAGGAAAUCUAUGCCAAUGUUGAAAAUGCCAAACCUGCCAACCCGAGACCUUCAACAGCGCAGACGACAGCCACCAGGAGCUCAGAGAGAUUUCCUGGAGCUGUUGUUCCCUGCCUGGGGCUACUCAGUGUUCUCCUGCUGGCUGGGCUCAUCGGCCUCGGUGUCUACUACUUUGACUUCGCCCGUGAUUCAUUGGCAGUUUUAUCUUCUAUCAAAGCGAACCUGACUGAGCGUCUCCGGGCCAGUAAUGAGGAGAGAGACCUGCUGAAUGCCACCCUCACAAACCUGACUAAAGAGUUGGACAGGCUCCAGACUUUGUCCAAGCAGAAGAAAACCUGUCCAGCAGAGUGGAGGAUGUUCAGCUGUGUCUGUUAUUUCCUCUCCACUCGGUCUGAUUCUUGGGAGAAAGGCAGGCAGGACUGCAGAGACAGAGGAGCAGAUCUGGUCGUCAUCGACACUUUAGAAGAACAGGAAUUCAUCACUCAGAUCAUUAGGACUAACACCUGGAUCGGUUUGAAUGACAGAGACAAAGAGGGCACCUGGAUGUGGACUGAUGGGACUCCACUGACUGCUGCGUACUGGAGAGGCUGGCCUGAUAACUGGCAUGAAGAGGACUGUGUAGAAAUCUUAGCUGGCAAGAAGAUGAGAGAAAACUGGAAUGAUUUGCGAUGUGAUACCUCUAAGCCAUGGAUCUGUGAGAAAAUGGCGUAGCAUUUAAGCCUGUAGUUGGUAAAAUAACAUUUUGUCAUAUUUGCUGAAGCUGUCACUGUAUCCACACAGUCCACACAAUCAUGUUCCUCUGCCUUCUCGUACUGCGUCUAAUGCCAUUAUUGCAUGUAGACAAAACCAAGAAGAGUCUCUAAUGCAGCUGUCGGUCAUGUCAGUCACUGCUUGUGACCAGCGGUCAAAUUAGGGUGAUUAAAUAUGGAUCAAGAUUGUUUGACUGCAUUGCCUUUUUCUCACCUCAAAUGUUUUCUCAAUCAUAUUAACCCCAUAUAUAACCAUAACCCUAUCGUUUCAUUUAAUUUAUUUGGUGAAUUUGAUAAUUUUGAUGACUGGGAUGCAGAAGAGAGGUUAGAGAAUGAAAAGAAAAGAAAAAAAGAAAAGGGAGAAACGGCACAAGGAGUCGCGGGUCUACACCAAUCACAGCCUGCGGAGCACAGCUGUAGGUUGGCUCUCUGACGCCGGCCUGGAAACUCGUCAGAUCAUGACCGUCACGGGACAUCGGUGUGAGAGCAGCCUGCAGGCUUACUGGGCUCCGUCAGCGCAGGAGAGACGAGACUGCAGCAACAUGUUGUCGUCUCCAAAUGUCCCAACAAGCAGUGCUCAAUCUGUCAAUCUCCAUCCUUCAAAUGCCACUAUGAUGGACAUACCCACAUCACUUUCAAAUGUCACUAUUAAUGGUAAUGUAGGCCCAGUAUUUAAUUUUAAAUAAUAAUAAUAAGAAGAAGAUUUAUUUAUAUUUAUUUAUUUAUAAAAACAUAAAAUAUGAGCACAUAUUUACAAGCACGCAGACAGACAGACAAACAAGAACAUGAACGUAUGCAAGCAUACAUGGAUGCAUCUUAUUUAAAGUGCAUAGUGAUUCUGGUAUUUAGUGACAAAAAAAAUAAAAAAAAAUACCAAUUAACAGGCUAGUUAAAAACAGUGGCAAAUAGAAAUGUCUUAAGUUUACUUUUCAAAGAGCUCAGUGUUGGCGCAUUUCUGACAUUGCUUGGAAGGGCAUUCCACCUGCCAGGAGCACAGCAGCUAAGUGCUGCCUCUCCAGCUUUAGUGUGCACACGGGGAACAACGUGGAGACCAUUAGCUGAUGACCUGCGAGUUCUCACUGGCUCAUAUGGCACAAGUAACUCUUUAAUAUAGUUUGGGGCAAGGCCAUUCAGUGCCUUAUACGCAAAAAGAAUAAUUUUAAAUUCAAUUCUGGCAUUCAGUGGGAGCCAGUGUAAGGAUUGAAGAACUGGGGUGAUGUGUGUAUAUUUCUUACUUCUGGUUAAAACACGUGCAGCAGCAUUUUGAAUGAGUUGCAGUCGUUUGAUGGAUUUUUGAGGGAGUCCGGAAAAGAGGCUAUUGCAAUAAUCGAGUCUGCUUGUUACAAAUGCGUGAACCAGUUUUUCAGCGUCUGAAUUUGUCAGAAAGUAGAAAACAAUCGUUAAUUUGUUAAUGUGUUUAUAUGAUUUAAUCUCGACUACUAGGCUAUAUGCUUAUGAAUUAGGCUAUCUGUUGCAAUUAAAAACGAUAUUGAUGAUUUAGCCUACUAUUUGGAUGUUGAUUAUUUGAAACAAAUUUCCUUGGGCCUAUAAAUGAACACCAGUGAAUUUGUGAAAGUAAUAUCUCAAGGUUUUUUUGCACAUCGUCCUCAGAGUCUGUAACACACAAGCGGUAAGAAGUGCACUGGCUUUCUGAAAUAAUCAUCUUCUGAAUAAUAUCACGUAGCUAACGUUUAUCCAUCAUCUCACUUCCCUUCACUGAUCAGAGUCGCUCUCUACGCUGCGGCCACAGCGGGUUUCUAUGGCAACGCCUGUCAGCUACAGAGAAUAAAUAGUCCGCUCAGCUGUGGCUUGUGAAAAACUCAUGAUUUUAACUGUAAAACACAUUAAAGCAUAAAUAAUUGAUUUAAUAUUCGUUUCUUUGGUAAGUGACCAUGGUAUAAGCGGGUUCAUGCCCUUCGAGGUGUCCGUUAUCAGGAAUUAAUGGACUUCGCGGACUUCAUCAUGUUUUGGCGUAAAAUAUCUCGUUCUGUACAAACAUGUACAAUCCCAACAUUUUCUUCAGGCAACUGGGCUGGUCAUGAAGUUUGACCCUGAGAUGCACUUAUGAUCGUAAAAAUGGCCGUCACUGUUUCCUCUAGUUUCUCCCAUGAACUGUUACUUCCCCCAUUUUGUUGGUACAUUAAGACUUUACAUUGACAUUCACAGCUCUGGGCUAUUUCCAGUCGUGCACCUGCAACGCACCUUACUAGUAUAAACCCUCUCUCAAGUUUCCCUGUAGGUACCAUGACAUUACAAGUCUGUUUAAGCCAACUUCAUAACAUGCAUACACUAUGUUUAUUUCAUUGUUGUUUACUUGAUCAUUUCACAAUGCAUAGAAUUGCUCAAAAACUUUUUGUGGAAAUAAAAAAACAUACGUUUAUACUUUCUCAAAAGAUAAGAGAAACCACUGAAUCUGACAAGACUCACUUUGGUCACUUGCAUGUGACACAGCCUGUGCUGCAGAGCCGACUCCUCAGAUAGUCAUUAGCAUCAAUGGAGGAAGUUUAUGAGAAUGCUGAAUAUGAGGAAGGUGUUGAAUUCAAAGGAACCCCCAAAAAACAGACAGGUAAGAAUGUUUAAUAUCAUCAUUAGUUCUGAUUUAUCAUUUUCUAUAUUCACUGGUGUUCUCUGUGUUCAGGCUCCGAGGUUUCAAAGAGAUUUCCUGGAGCUGUUGUCCUGUUUCUGGGGCUGCUCAGUGUUCUCCUGCUGGCUGGACUCAUCGGCGUCUGUGUCCACUGCCAUGUCUCAGCAUAUGGAUCAGCUCCAGAUCUCUCUAUGAUCA